UGGUGCGUGUGUGUGCGCGACUGCGCUGGGUUCGUCGGUGUGUGUCUGCGCGCGCCUGUGUGUUUGUCUGCGUGUGUGCCAGUAACAGGCCCUGUCUCCCUCAUCCUCUCCUCUGUCGCUGGCGCACCACGCAGUUCUUUUUCAAGAGCGACGACUCGUUUCGGGGUUGUGAUGAAACUUUUAAUUCACCGAAGCCCCUCGCGCCUCUGCGGGCUCACCGCAGGCGGCGGGGGGCCUGCACACGUCCGCACAGGCGUUGAACAUAACAUGAGAUUUGCUGUUUAAGUCUAAACAUGGUGGGCCAGCCCUCUGUCCGCGGCCGUCAACUCAGGAACAACAGGGAAAGUGUUUAUGGAGGAAAACUUAGACGCACACGGCGGUAAACAUGCCCAGGUCCCGCGGCUGGGUCUUCCUCCCGUCUCAUUUUUGGGCCGCCCAGCUGGUCCACCAUUUUAUCAGGCUGUUGUUUUGCUCGAGGUUGUCUCUCGUACAGCAGCAGAGGGCAUACUGAUGUCACCAGCCCCGUCGUUGCUGCCCUAAGCCUCACUUUUUUCCAAAACAACACAGUACCUGCUGCCAUCUCCUCCACAUUCCUGGUUUCCAUGGAUGUGAAGCCAAGCAAUGUAUGGAAAAUGCGGUCCACACUGCCGCAGGGUUGGGGUCAUAGGUCAGACAGUAGGAAGAGUAGUCGCUUUCUGCUCUACGAUGUCCCACAGCUGAUGUUGUCACAGUGGUGUCAGCCUUUUUAUUGUGGUUAUUUGUGUUUGAGUCACACAUUAGAUAAAUCUUGUCUCCUGUUUGCCUUUGAGUCUGUUUCUGCCAUGGACAUAAAAGUGCCUGCAUGCAAGUGUUGUGGCUUGCAGAAGCGGAGUUGGUUUGCUUUGUUUACAAGGCGCAGGUUCUUUUUAACGCCACAACAUAAAGGAUGUCAAUAUACCACUGUCUAGUCUCAUUCAGGAAACUGGUUCAGCGCUUCAUUUUCUGUGAUCUGUUAUAGUUAGAACCGUAACUAUGUCAGAUCAGCUGUACAGUGUGACCGUCGUACAUGCCAUGCGUACUUGCUUGUUUUUGACUGAGAAUUCCAGUGUUAUCACAUCCCCUGCAAUUGGGACAGGGCAUGAAAUUGAAAAUGAUUUGGGGAAAUUACCUGAAAAAGGUUACCGGUGUAGUGUUACCGGUCUCCGGGGCCACUUCUUUGGGCCUUCCUUUUUGAUAAUGCCCCCCAUGACUCUCUUGCAGUGAGUAGAAUUAUGGGAAUUACGUGGUGGGUUGAGAGCUAACAGAGCGUGGAAAGCGUUGCGUUUUAGACGAGAGCAGGGUCGCUGGUGCGUGGAGCGGCAUGCGAAAACACCACAAUACGACCGUUUGCGCGUGGGGAGGGGGCGCGCAGCCAGUCCCGCCGAGGGGGAUGUGAACGACAUGGAAGCCGUCAAAUGGGAACAUGGAAGAGAUGCGUUUGAAGUUACCCCUACCUGCACCCCACACGCCACCAAACCCACCUCUGCUCAGCCACUCCCCACCCAAACCAGCCUCCCGUCGCCUCCUCCCUCUUUCCCUCCCUAAAUCCCAUCUGUCGGGCUCCGCCAUGCUCUCUUGGCCGGGGGGUUGUGGAAAGUUCAGUAGCUGUUCAUGCUAACAAUGCUUACCCCACUCACCCACCCACCCACAUAAACCCUCCUCUUCACAGACCAACUGCUGCUCUGAUAGUUGGGCCCCUCUGGCUGCCCCUCACUGGGGAGAAAGCCCAACCGACACCAUCCUCUUCCCACAUGCUCCUCGCCGCUGGCUCACCGGCUGGAACACCGAGGCCCCCCACAUUCUGCCUCGCAGGCACGCUCUUUAACCUCUCCCUCACAUAAGCGCAUGCAUGUUGACUGCACGCACACGGUUACGGAUGAUUUUGGUUCAUUACGGCUUGGCCCGCCAUAGUUUAGUCCAUUGUUUCUCGCCACGAAUUACGAGGAUCGUUACAUGCAGUGACGUUGCAGAAAAGUGUGACUUUGAGAUAUCCUAAUCAUACACGACUUCCUGGUUCAUCUUUGACCUGGAGUACAUGAGAAACAAGUUCUCUCAGCAGCUUCAUGCACACAUAGAUUUCCUGUGCAGGGUGAAUAUAAACUCAUUUGCACCCAGUCUUAUCAUCUGACUGCACGUAUUCUCCUCUGCGUAUUAAUUUGCUGUGUCCCUAGAGAACAGAAAUCGCUUUGGUGAGAAGUAUGAUGCUAAAACUUUGAAAAUGAAAGUUAUAAUUAACUACGCUUGCAGUGAGGAAGCUUGAUUGUUUAUCGCCUAUUAGGGGUAAAUGUCAGGACAAAUGCCAGAUGUUUAUGUUGAUAUUCAAAUGCAAAUUGAGUUGUAUAUGCAGUGUUAUUGUAAUGUGUCACAAUAACACCAACAAUAAGGGCAGAUUCAGUUUUAGCUUAUACAGACAUUACUUUAAGUGCUUAAUACCGUGAUACGUGCAGUUAGAAUUGUGACUAAUUAUCCUUGAUAUGGAAGAUGACAAGCAAGAAAUAAACAAAGAUGGUUAUUGAAUCCUAACAGUUGUCUGACAGCAUAGUAUCGGUUUAGGUGUGGGAUAAACAAAUUGCUCGACGACUGCUUCAAGGCCUUGAGCCGCACCAGUAAACUCUUCUGCCUCAUGCUUUUUAACGCCACUUUUGUGAUAUUCCCAGGGACUCGAUUCAGUAGAUUACUAAGUCAUGAUUUCCAAGGUCAUGAAGUCAUCUGUGUUUUUCAGAUGCUAGUGGAGAAGUGUCUCAAAGUCAAAUGCUACACUUUUGCCAUGUUGAAUAGGUAAUUUGACCCUGAAGGUAAACCGAGCUCAGAGAAGGAGACUGGCCUGCAGGAUCGUGCUGUUUUCAAUGAUUUAACACGGAAACUGCCAAAUUCACAGGAUUAAAAGCAGACCUUAUUCUUAUUACGGCUCACUUGUGCCAUUUGAAAUCAGUAGGUCGCUAAAGAGCCUUUGUCAUUUUCUAAAAGCCAGCACGUUUGGCAUAAUGUGUUUCAUGUUAGCAACGUGUCCUGCACCAGCUGAGCACCUGUUCAUGCUGUGCGGUCUUAUAGUGCCACGAGCGUAAAUAGAGGAACACUUCAUAGGCCGACCAACAUGUUUGUUUGCACAGAACAUCCUGUUGCAGAGAGGUGUGGGAAGAGUGUUGCUGUUUAUUUUGAUUUUGCUCAGGGGUCUUUGCCACGUUCAUGGUCACAUUUGUUUGUGCGCCUCGGAGUUAGGGGGCCUAAGCGUGUAUCCCCUCAUCUGCACCAACAGCAAGGUGGUAAUAGUGUUUUCUGCAUGUCCUGAGCAAACAUGCACGCAUGUCUGUGUGUGUGUGACUAAUACCAGCACAUUUAAAGCCUGUUAAAAGCUGCCUGUCACAGUCAGACAGCGUGUCGUGCAUGCUCUGCUUGUGCAGCAGCUGCGUGCGUCACAGGGAGAUAAAGAAAAUGAGCGAGGGGGCGUCAUACGCAUUUUCCUGUCCGUGCGCAAGCAUCAGAUGAGAUGGUGAAAUUUUUAGCCUUAGCACUGUCUCUCAGUGUGUCCGCCCACUUGUAGCAGGCUGGCACUUGCCAUAAGGGAUUUCCUGCAGAACAUUUAUCGCUCAGCAAAUGUGAGUGACAAUAUAAACCUGUUUCAAUACAGAGCAACAAAAUAUGGCAGGAAAAGCUUGCAGGACCGGAUUCUGAAUCCUUGUUUUAGACAGAUCGUCUUCAGUAGAUUUUGGGGGCUGGUCAUGGUGUCCAGUGAGAAGGUGUGGGACCCCCUCCAUGUGGGCCUUAUUCAGUCACGUCUGAGUGAACAUCCGGCUGCAGGCCUAACUCCCCUCUGCAACCUCAUACGUAGAGCAACUAAGGACACUGCACACCACCAGCAGUUUUCAUCACCGUCUUCUACAUCGCUAUCAUUAGUGGUUCAAGACAACUUCCACCAAGUUUGGGCCUCAUCACCCCUACACCCACCUAUCAACAACCUCAGAGGACUACACAAACCAGUCCACUAUCUUGGAGGGGCCCUCCCGCCCAAAGAGGAGGAGGGAAGGGAAGCUAAACAGUUGAAGAUGAAGGGUAAAAGGCAUGGAGGCAGAGUAGAAGCUGUGAUGGAGGACAGGCUGGAGGACAUGAAUGAUGGACCUAAAAAUGCAAAAAUCACCCUAAGCUUCCCACUUAGUGCCGCACCCCUUCCAGCUUCCCUGACAUCUCCAAACCACUGUCGUAGCGCCUCCUCAUCCUCCCCUUCCCCCCACCGACGGCGGCCAUCAUCCAAGAGCUCAGAUGAGGGCUCGCUGUGGAAACUGGACGCUACUAUGGACGUAAAGCACAGGCCUUUUAAGCCACAGAGGCAUGAGAGCUCUCCGUCCUCUUCACCCUCUUCCUCCACUUCUCCCAUGACUAUUCAUGCACUUAUGAAGAAGGAUAUAAAAUCCCCACCUCCUCUCAAAUACUCCAAACUCAGUCCAGAGACUCAGUUUCACAGGUCUCCCCCAAGAUCCUCCAACGGGUCUUUGGGGGGCUGUUACGGUGGAGAUGGAUGGGAUGAAAGACACAGGGUGGCCAAUGGUACAGCCUCACCCUCUCAGACGGCCCAGAUCCUUUUUAAUCUGGGCGCAUCGUCCUAUCAGAGGGGUGGGGAGGCAGAGAGGAGAGAGAAAAUAACAGGAAGACCAGCUGGGAAAAUAGGAAGCCCUCAUGGACCAAGCCUUCACCCACCCACUCUCCACCUCCCUCCUCCUUUACCCCCACCACCUCCACCUCCAUCUGAGGGCCUUACAGCUCCCCCUCACUCAUCCUCCUAUUCCCCAACUGACAGCCUGAAGCCUGAGCUCAUUUGUGGGGUGUGCCAUCGUCUUUUUAGCUCAGCCUCCUCCCUUACAGUCCACAUGCGGCUGCAUCGUGGCAGCCGGGCCCUCAGUUGCCGUUAUUGUGGCAAGGUCUUCAUCCACAGCAAGAGACUGCAAUCCCAUGAGGCAUCCUGCAGGGUGUCAGGCCUACCCACCAACAGCCUGGGCCCUCCUUCACUCACUGUGCAACCGAAGGAGGAGCCGCUGGAAGAGGGUGAGGUGAGGGUGGAGGGGGGAGUUAUUGUGGGAGAGACAAACAUCGGUAAGGCACGGCCAGGGAAGAAAGCAAGGAGCCUCCUGGCACGUAUCCAAGGUGAUGAUGCAGCAGCCACAGAGCUACUAGCGGGUGAUGAAAACCAUUUUGUGAAGGUGGUAGAUGGCAAUGUCAUUUACUUCUGCUCUGUGUGUGAGCGUUCCUACAUGACCCUAUCCAGCCUGAAGCGUCAUUCUAAUGUGCACUCUUGGCGCCGGAAAUAUCCGUGCCAUUACUGUGACAAAGUCUUUGCCCUGGCAGAGUACCGCACAAAGCACGAGGUGUGGCACACAGGAGAGCGGCGCUACCAGUGCAUCUUCUGCUGGGAUGCUUUCGCCACAUACUACAAUCUCAAAACUCACCAGAAGACCAUUCAUGGGAUCAAUCCCAGCCUCAUAUCCAGUGAAAAGACAGCUAAUGGAGGUUAUAAGCAGAAAGCCAAUGCCCUCAAGCUAUACCGCCUUCUCCCCAUGCGCUCCCAAAAGAGACCCUACAAGACAUACAGUGAUAGUUUGCAUAAUGGCCUGCUGCUGCCACCAAGUGAAACAUCUUCCCUAUCCCUGCCUGGCUUGGGUUGUGCUUUGGGUCCCGGCGAUUUACAAAGUCUUAUCAGUGGAGCCCACCCUCAAAGUGUAAAGCCUGACCCAGAUGCCUUUCCCGAUGGCUUUCCUGUUUCUGUGGCUGCUGACCUUUCUGCACUAGCACCCCUCCCCCAAGCAAACAUAACCCAAGUCAGAAAACAUGAGAGCGAGGCGUUAGAGUUAGAGCAGGGGAGAAGCAGCUUCAAAAUAUCUAGUAGUAGCAAAAACAAAACUGCCAAAUCUAGUAGAGGCACAGAAACAAGCAUGCCUUCUGUAAUAACAUAUGGUCACACAAAGCCCUCUGUCAUAGUACAUGGAGCAGCAAUGUCAUCCUCAGUCAUUGUGCAUAGCAACCAGGUCACCUCUGGAAGUGAAAAAAGCCCAGUGAGCAGCCCAUCCCCUGAAGCCACCAGUCAGACAUCUCACCAUGGCAGCCCCAGGCCAAUCAAAAAGCAAAGGGAUAGUACAGAAAACCACAGAAAGAGGUCAAGAGACAGUUCAGAUACCACAGAGGAGGGUUCAAGAGGUAGGCAGGACACAGAGAAAGGCAGAUUAAUUCACAAAUCACGCAAGUCCCAUGGAAAGAGUGACAUCUCUAGCUCAAAACAGCUGUCAUCAUCUGUAGGGUCACAAAUCAGAGAGGCUGGGCCAUUGUGCCAGAUAACUGUACGUAUCGGUGAGGAGGCUAUAGUUAAGCGUAGCAUCUCUGAGACAGAUCUUAGAAGAGAUAAGGGCCUUUCCCCCCCUAAAACCAAACGAAGUGAAAUAUCAUCUGCACGCGAAUCCAAGGAGCUGCGCCACUCUCACUCCCACCACCACCAUAAACACCGCCUGCAUCGCAGAGCCAGCACAGAAGCAGACAAGGAAGCAGGGGACUGUAAGGAGGAAAUUGGGAGUAAGAGCUCCAAAUCCCCUGAUGGUGCGAGAGAGUACUAUUUCCGUCAGGAGGUGCGUGAGCAGGACAGCGACCAUGACAUUGAGGAUAACUUAUGGCGGCCUUACUACUCCUACAAGCCCAAGAGAAAGGCCCAGGCACAUCUACAGAGGGUCAAGAGCUGGCAAAGGAAACUGAAGUACAAACGCUCCAUUCAGCUGAAGAGGAGGGCAGAGAGGCUCAAGAACCGUGUGAAUAAAGAAAUAGAAAAAUCACAUGAUGAGGAAGAGGAUGGGAAGAUAGCUGAAGCUGAGAAGCUGUCAAACGCCAACAGAGAACAGGGAGAGACGAAAAAGAAAAAAUAUCUAUCUGCUCCGUUAAAAGAGAAAAACAAAGAAACUGAUGAACAAGUUAAGGAGGCCAUUCAUGAGGUUUCCAGCCCUCCACUGCACUCUCCAAAGCCUCCCCUAUCUACCUCAGUGGCUCCUAUGGGAAUAAAGAGGCGUCCUUGGACUAAUGGGAAUGCAGCAGAGUGUGGCACAUGUGGCCGCUGGUUCUCAAGCCCCAGGAAGCGAGACAAACAUGAGCUGAGCCAUCUGCUGGAGUUUGUAUGCCUCUUCUGCCGUGCCACUUUCCCCUCGAGGGAUAAGUUGGAAGACCACCAGAGAGCCCAGCAUCCCAAGCCUACUGAUGCACCCUCUGCGCCCACUAAAAUGACACCCGGGGAACAAGGCGAAGCGGUCGGGGGGAAAUCUGUGCAAGAGAGCGCAAACUAUGAUGAAGAUAAAGGAGGGCAACUGGGUUUAAUGGGCAGCAAUUCUAGUGGUCUGAGCAGAAGAGCGCUAUCACGCCACACCUGUCCACAGUGUCACAAGGUGUGCAAGACCUCUUCCGCACUUACUCGCCACAUCCGACGCCAUGAAUUAAGCAGUUCCCCAGAAAGAGAAAAGGAAGAUCACGACUCAGAGCCAAAAACAACAGAAACAGUUGUUAGCGCCGUCAGAGACGCUGAAAAAGGACUGGUUCCCAGUGCUCUCUCUGUUUCAGUUAUCAGCUAUUCAACACCAGACCCACCCAUCAGAGGUAUUAGUUUGGCAUCGCAGCACCAUGAAGACCGUCUCAGCGAACUGCCGGAUAAACAUCAGAUGUCAGAAUCCACCGACAAGCCCAAGCUAACAGAGCUCACACAUCCAGCUGCAGAGCGAGAGCCCAGCCCGCAAAUCGCAGAUCCUCCAUUAGAAAGUCCAGUUAACCUUACACCCAAUAAACAGGAGUUCAUGCCCGCCACACCCUCGACUCUCCAGAGUGUACUAGUCAUGACCGGUCCUGAAUGUCUGGACUACCGCACCCUCAGCAAAAAGAACCUAGACAGCCAGCUCAACAGAAUACCCAGCCCUGUGCACAUUGUGGCACCCACCAACACCUCUCCAAAUGUGCCCAUGACGUCACAGACCAGAAUAACCACUGCUGCUCCUCCUGUUUCCAUGACAACAGCUCCCAACUCUGAGGGGGGAUUCAUGAAACGGGAUGGGGUCAUCAUGGACAGGGAGAGGAAGGGCGGGGGUGGUAUAUUUCCACAUGCAAGUUAUGAGGAGCGACCCCUUGUCCAAGAUCCGCAAGUUCAGUCCCUGUCCAGAAGUCCGUCUCCCAACGAAGCACAAGACCUGACCAUGUCCUCGAUGUUAGCCAGAGAGAGGGAGUUAGAGAGGCAAAGAGAGAAAGAGAGGGAGCUCCAGAGACAAAGGGAAAGGAAGAGGGGCAGAGAACUGGAGAGAGAAAGAGAGCUAGAGAGAGUGCAGCACAGGAGUAGAGUUGUUCAUGCCCCUGAGGAGCAUGUUGCGCUGCUGGUCCCUAAAGAAGAGCCCUUGAGUCCUGUGCCGUCCCCGCAACAUAUCCCCACUCAAACCACUAUGAAUGGCCCCCCCUCACACCGCCACACUCCUAAGUCCGCCUGUCAGUCCCCCUCAACUAUUGGACUCUUAGCUCAAGCGAACCGCCAGGUUCACUCCAGUUCACAAGGACUUGAAAGGCUGACACUGCCCACCGGAGCAGCUGCUUCCUGUGACCGCCCCUCGGCCCACGCUCUGCUUCUCCCCCGAGUCCCCCAGCCACCUGAGCCGGAGCACCAGGACACUGUAUCUUCCAGAGAUUCCCAGCAGGGGGACUCCACCCCGAUGGGCUACCCUGCCCAGGAUUAUCCCCUACCCCUUAUUGUGCCGGACAGCUUUCGCUCGGGUAAGAAGCAGGAAGAAAACUUGCUUAUGUCCUCCUAUCCUGCAGGAGCGCUUCCUUUUGGCCCACUGGGAAAAGUGAUGGUCCCUAAUAGUGGGGACCUGGCCAAGCUGCCAUUUUAUCCGGACCCUUACCAGCUGCUCUAUGGCCCCCAGCUGCUAGCUUACCCCUACAACCUGGCAGCUCUUCCUGUGGCUCUGAAUAUGAUGGCACCUGGGGGAGACAAGGUGGAGCCCUUGCCUUUCCUCCCUGCCAUCUUCAAUUACGCAGCCACUGCUGGACCCUACAUGGGUGCAGCCCCUCACGCUCUUGUGGCAAACCCCAGCCUGUACAGCAGCAGCAGCGGCAGCGGCAAGAAGCAACGAGACAGCAGCAGCAGCAAACCAUAGGACAACAGAAUCACUAUAGGGAAUAUUUUUCAAACAGGAAGGCCUGGAUUGUUUAGGAAGGGAGCGGAAGGGGCUGUGUGCUUGCACAGUGCUCCUGUCUCUAGUAGAGAUCAGAGCAAGACAUUGAACCAGGAGUAACUGCAGAGGGAGGAGAAGGGGCAAAGAAAUGGGGAGAGGAGGCCAAUAUCAUGCUAAUGUAUUUUUACUCCUCUCUCUUUACUCCUGCUCACCUUCCUCCAUGUUUCUCCUGUCUUGCUGUAGUGUGUCGUAGUUCUAGAGCUUGAUUAAUCUUCCUCUCUGACUCAUUAUAUUAUCUAUACUAUACAAAUAAGAACUGCUAACAGGGUGUGUGUGUGUGUGUGUGUGUGUGUGUGUGUGUGUGUGUGUGUGUGUGUGUGUGUGUUUGAAAAUUUAGUUCAGUCUGCUUCCCUUUAUAGUCACUGCAUAAUGAGGAUUACCGCUCUCGUGGGCAAGGAUAAGGGAUGGGACAGGACUCAACACAGUUGGAGGCGGAGCAUUAAGCAACUCAAACUUUACGUAUGUUUGUUUGUGAGAAUGAGAAGCUGUCCAUGAGAGAUAUAUCUGAGCAUGUACAUGCACAUGUGUGUAUGGAUUUGUGCAUGUGGCGGUGGGCUUGGGCCGGCGUGUGUGUGUGUGUGUGUGUGUGUGUGUGUGUGUGUGUGUGUUGAGUGUGUGCAUGAAUGGUCAUUCCGAGUGAGACGCACACAGCAUUCCUACUCUAGUCAGCUACUGUAGGUCAAUGUGUAGAUGUGCAUUUAGGAGCAAUUCCUCAUAUACAAAUCAUUAUGAAGUCCAUGCUAUGGCUAGGUGCGAGUCUGUGACAAUGACAGUUCAUCUGAGCUUCUCACGUCUCAGCUGAGCUAGAUGACACUGUAGGAUCUGUAUAGCAUUCACCAUAGUUUAUACUUUAUGUGCACAAAACAGAAAGAAACGUGUGGUCACUUAAAGGGGACACUUGUAGCUGCUCUGGAUAUGUAGCUGGCCACUGGGUAAGAAUUAAAGGCUGGUAGACCAUUGCACUUCCGUUCUUCAUCUCAUUUCCUUCACUUAAAAAAAGGAAAGAAAAAUAAAAACCAGUCCGCCUUCAUCUUGCGUGGCUUUUUUCCUCUUUUGAUUGGAAGAGGAAACGGCUUCGGGCUUCAAGGAAGACGAAAGCGACAGCAAAGAAGGAAAAUUGAUUCAGGGUAUUGAGUUAUUUCCGGAUAGGAAAGCAAAUAUAUGGCCACAAAACUGUUGGACUCAGAGUUAGGAGGCCCCCGCAGACACGAUUGUGGGGACUAAAACUGUUACACUGCUCUGGGGGGAGUCUGGGAAUAGUGUGAACUGUCCCUGCCCUCAUGCCCUGUGUCAUUUACUAAGAGGUGGUAACAGGCUGAGCUUAGCAGCCAAAGUGGUGGCCGCAUCCCCCAGGUGCCCUCCUGGGGCCUUUUUGUUACGUGUAAUGUUAUCUCUAUAUGUUUGUUCUGUUCAACGAUGUUGUUUAUUUUAUGUUGUUUAGCCCUCUGACCAGAUGGACGCGGAUUCAGUGAAAAGGGGGAGUAAACUUAAAAAUGAAUGUAAAUUUAGUCAUGAGGUUAAUGAAGUACAGCUGCAUUAAUAGUAGUCGGUUUCAGUUCCUUUUUGUUUUGACACAAAUGACCUGUUAAAGAACAGUAUAACGUCUGGUAUGCAUAUAUACAGUAGACCUAGGAACAUGUCAGUAAACUUGGCUUCUGUAUCCACACAGCAUGAGCAACACAACGCUUCCUAACCGUUUAUAUCCUCAGCAACUCUGGCAUAGUGCACACAGCUUUCCUUUCCGUUUCCUUUGAUCCUCUCUGGCCUUUUAAGCUUCCAUAUCUCUGUUAAUAAGUUUUAUUCACUGCAAACCACAAUUUGGAAUAAAAAAAUAAAUAAAAAAAUCACAAGACUAGCCACCACACAUGCAUCUCGUAGUCACUGUUUAGGAGCUGUUUAAUCCCCCCCCCCCCUCCUCCAGCGUGCGCUCACACACUGCACCUCCUCUGAAUGAAGUGCAUAUGUUGCAGCGCGUGUGCGUGCGUGCGUGCGUGAGUGUGACGGUACUCGGGCGGCGGUGUUGAAGCGCGGCGUGGCCGACUGCAGGGGCGCACAAGCAUCCCCUUGGGUGUGGUUACAAGCCUUUUGCAUGUGUGCGUACGUGUUCUGUGUACGAGAGCGAGUGACUGCGUGAAUAAGAAAACCAAAAUAAAUCUGCCUAAGCAGCAUAUCCCUCGGCAGUAUAUGGGCCACCUGUUAUGGGUUUUUUUCCGUUCUUUGACUUUUUUCCGUGGGUUAGUUUCAGUGUAAAAAAGCCUUGCUGUCUCCAGUACUCUAUCUUAAGCCAUUCCUGUAGAUGGACAUGUUUGUGUUUUUUGGACCAUUUCUUAUGCCAUAGUUCGCCAUCACGGUUAUCACACAGACCAAAAGCAUGCAAAUCGACGUAUUGUAGUGACUGGACUGGAAUCUGGUGGUAAUAUACAACUAUUUACUGUAUGUUUUAGUUUAAAUGAAUGUGCCUCUGCUUUGAUAUUUAAAUAAUUAUCUAUAGUAAGAUGUGGAUCUGCCAGAUUUCAACUGUUAAGGUGCCUUGUUAUGGCAUAAGAAAUUCGAAGAAGCGUUUUCUGGAGAACUGUACGAUUCGGAGAUAGAUUUCAUGGCUUCGUUUUGCUAUGAAGCUGUUCAUAGACGUAGGGGUGUGGCUAAACUGUUUUGGUAUCGUGUACAUGUCUAGGGUAAUACUGUGCCAUAUAGAGCCCACAAAAUAUGUUAAUGUUAUUUUUAAGAGAUGUUUUAAUGUUGCCUGAUGACUUUGUCUUUAGAUUUGAUACAAAGGCUUGUAGCCACAGCUCUCCUAAAGUCUGUAGUCUCCUUUUACGACAUUCUUCUUGUUCUCUCUCCCCUUGUUUUCGUCUCCCUUUCUUUCUCUUUGCUGCAAACAAAAUAAAGUAUUAACCUGAUGACCCAACGAAA